CGCGCGGGGAUGGCGGCGAUGGCGCUGGCGGCGCGCUGCAGCGGGCGCGCGGCGGGGCGGUGACGUCGCGCGCGAGGCGGAGGGCGGGGAGGAGGAAGAGGAGGAGACCCGGGCGGCCCCGAGGCUGAGGCGGCCGCGUCCCGCGGAGGCUCCGCUGGUGUCCCGUCCCGUCCCGUCCUACCCCCACCCCCGGUGCCUCCGGCUCAGGCGGGCCGGCGCGGCUCUCCCGAGGCCGCGAUGCGCUCGGCCUGAGCGCGCCCUCGGCGCCCCGCCCGGUUCGGGCCUCUGCGAGGCCGGGGACCGCGAUGGCUGCGGGAAGCUGGCAGGAGGCGGCGGCCCGGUGGGCUGAGGAGGCGGCGGCCCGGGUGCGGGACGCCUUGACGGGCGGGCUGGGGCUGCUGCGUGCCGAACUGGGCCUCGACCUGGGCCUCGACCCGCAGGCGCUGCCCACCUGGCUCGCCCUGGCGGUGCCGGCCGCGCUGGGGUUCGUGCUGCUGGGGCUGCUGCUGGCCGCGGCCUGCGGGGGCGGCCUCCGCAAGAAGCCGGCGCGGAGCGCGUCCGUGAGGAAGGGUGACGAGGCGGUCGGCGCGGGCCUGACGGCCGGCGGGGGCCACAGCAAGGCGGCGGGCCCGGGCACCGGGCAGCUGAACCUCAAAGGGGACGAACAGAAGAAGCGAAACAGGAAGAAACUGCCGGAGAAAGCGGCGCGGCCUAAUGGACGGUCUUUCCUUGAUGUAUCUGAAGAUGAAGUAAUACAAACUGUCCGUAAAGACAAUAUAAAGCAGCCUGUGGACACAGAAAAGAAGAAUGAAAAGUCAAAGAAAAAAAAGAAAUCAAAGGGAGAUUCCAAAACGGUUCAGGAUACAUCUCGUCUGGAUGGAAAGGAAGUUGAUGAAGGAGCCUGGGAAACAAAAAUCAGUAACAGAGAGAAGCGUCAGCAGCGUAAGCGAGACAAGGUGCUGAACGACAGUGGCUCAGGAGAAUCAAAUCUCCAGGGUAUGGAAAACACAGUUACGGCAUCCAUUGAACAGCUGAUGCCUACAUCAUCACUUCCAGUUGGCCUCAGAAAAAAUAAAGGUGAUGCACUUCUGAAUGCACAGAUUAACAGUUCUAAACCUGCAAAGGGGGAGUCAUCAAUUCCACAAGUUUCUCCAGGAUUGAGUGAAAGCCAUACAGUAAAUGGAGGAAGCUGGAAUGAGAAGUCUGUAAAAAUCUCCUCACAGAUUGGUGUAGGGGAGGAGAAAUGGACAUCUGUUCCUUCAACUGCAGCUGGGAAGAGGAAGACAGAGACAUUGGCUUGGGGCCAAGACACUGGAGAUGCUAAUGGAAAUGGAAAGGACUGGGGUGUAAGCCUGGUGGGCAGACCCUGGAAAGAGCGAUCUUUGUUCAAUCCUAUUGCUGCUUGGAAUGUGGAUGCAAGGAUUAAUACCUCUGAACAGAAUUCUACUUCUUUCUCCUCAUUUGGAUUAACUCCUGGAGUUUCUGGUUCCAACAAUGAAUCAGUUUCUCAGGCUGGUACUUCUGAUUUUCAGUGGGAUUUAAGUCAUGCUCAACCCCCUGUUGAUGACGAAUGGUCUGGGUUAAAUGGACUUUCUUCAGCUGAUCCAAGCUCUGAUUGGAAUGCACCAGCAGAAGAGUGGGGAAACUGGGUAGAUGAAGAAAAAGUUGCUUCUGUUCCUCAGCGUGAAGAGAGAUCUGAUACUCAGAAGAUUUCAGAUAAUGAAAGAGAAAAAGCAGAGCCAAUUCUCCAGAGUUCUACAAGUGGCAAAUCCAAGAAAAAGAAGAAGAAAAAGAAGAAGCAGGGUGAAGAAGCUAACUCUCCUGCACAGGAUGCUGAAGAACUGGAUAGAGAAGCUGGAGAGCAAUUUCAGGCGGAUACCUCAAAAGUCCAGGCACAGCAGGAAAGAGCUUUUUCUUUGAAGACCAUAAGUACUAGUGAACCAGCUAAGUCUGAGGAGGCUCCUUUGCUUGCUGUUUCUACUGAGCCAUCUGUAAUUGUAUCAGAGAGCAAUUCUGACAAGAUCGCUUCCCAAGUGCCACAGAUGCUGCAAGAGACAGAUGUUUCUAGUCCCAAUAUUAAGCAAAACAGUGUGCCUCCUCCACAGACAAAGUCUGAAGAAAGCUGGGAAUCUCCCAAACAAGUUAAAAAGAAGAAAAAAGCGAGAAGGGAAACGUGAACUUCCUGAGAUGGACAUGUGUUGCUGAAUAUUGUCAUGAAGAUUAUGCUGUUUAUGCAAUAAUUUGUGAACAUGUACAGAAUUUUAUAUAAAUUUCAAACAAUUUUUAAAAACAGAACUGCUGUGAACACAAACAUCUUUAAAAAGGAAUCAAAUGAAAGUAACUUUAUGAUUUAGCAAACAGAACACGCUACAUUUGAAAGACAUUCUGAAGAAUCUGUUUUUCCAACUUUUGGAGAGAGAUCUUAAUUUAAAAAACUGGUUUUACAACACAGUGCCCUGUUUACAACAGAUUAUAUUCUCAUCUACAACUGCGGAUAAAAGAUUAAUUUCAAGGAAGGGUUUUCUGUAAAAAUAAUCGUCUGUACAAUAGUGGGUGUUUCUUGCCUCUCUUACGAGUGAUGCAUUAGAAGCACAGAAUGUCAACCAUUUGAAUUUGUUUCAUGCCUAAAUCAAAGUGCUUUGAUUAAAUACAUAAUCUGCCAUAUCUUUGCAGUGAGUUGGUUAGCAAAUCUGCUAGCUAUUGCAGGAAUCACAAGUGCAAAUCAUUAUCCAUUUGUACAGUCAGACCUUCAUGGUUUAUUAUAUGAAGUUAACACAAUAAAAACUGCUUUGAGUUAAAAGUUUGAGAAUGUGAUUUAAAACUUGAGUAUGGUUCAUGAAGUUAUUUUUUAUAAUGUCUAUUACCUUACUUGAAUUAUUGAAGAUAACAGUAUAUUUUUAAGAAUGCAGUAAUGUGCAUAAAAUUUGGGUUCUUUUUCAUUCCCUACAGUUCUUGGUUGAUUCAGGAUCCCAUCUAAAAACUAUAUUCUUUCAACUUCUAAACUCAUGAAAUGAACUGAAAUCAAACUUUUCCUUCUCCUAACACUUGUUAACUUACUGUACCCAAUUCUAUUGUCUACAUUACUAAAACUCUGAACAAAGCCAAGUGAGGUUUUCACUCACAAAUUAUUUGGAUUUCAAAGAUCUGUUGGAGAACUGGAGUAGCUUCAGACAGCUUUAAUUGACAAAAACAGUUAUCAGGAACACAUUUUUUUACUGCCUUAACCUGUAGUAUGUAGAAUGUGUCUAGACUUCUGGACAGGAGUUAGUGUUUUUAUAUUAAAAAAAUAAAAAAUUAUGCAAGUAAAGCAGUUGUAAAAUAAAGACCAUUUCCUGCUGGAAACUGUUAAUUAAAAUGGCAUUGAGGAUGUGUUGUCAUUUUCAGGCACUGUAAUGAUGUGUUAUUGAACUGGAGAUGUGUUUGUGUCUGUAAAGGUACAUGCUCAGCCGUGUACACUGUAAAUAGCCUUUACAAAAAUUGGUUUGCUAAGAAUAGUGUUUAACAUCACCUGGUGAGUUCAGUUAGAGUCAGGAUUCUUUUCAAAUGAUUGACAUCUGGUUUUGUGGCACAAAAAGAAUUGUUAACAGCUGUAACAUGCAGUACUGAUCAACAAUCUUGUGCUCUUACUGUUCUCAACUGCGGUUUGACAGUAUUGCAAGGCAAGAACAGAUAAUGCAGCAAGCUGGGUUUAAUUGUACUGAAAAUGCACCUGCUAAUGGAGAGCUUUCCUAGUAAAUGGAUAUUAACUUGCACAGGUAUUAACUCCUGUAUGUCAGGAACAUGGCACUCUAAAUUGACCUGUUAAAAUAAAUCGAGCAUAUUGACAGUAUUGAUUUAUUUACUGGGAGGGAGGAAUGUUCAAGAGCGAUGUUUGUCAUGAUUCAUGUAAAAUAAAUUUAGAAGUGAAGUACAGCUUUUCAAGGAGUAUCUUAAGGUAAACAUGAAAAAUAGGAUAUUAUGAAAUCAUGCAGAGUCCUUUGCACGUAAAUAAUAUUAUCAUUUUACUUGUCUUCAUAGUAAAGGUUGAAAAAUACCCUUUAAAUUCAGGAUUUUAAUGUAUGUCUGAAAUCUGUUUCCAAUCUAUGUGUUAUGCUACAAGCCUCUUUUAUAGAAAAUACAAAGAUUUUAUGUAAUGAAAGAGACUGCCCCCAAGAACUUUCACUGCAUAAAUUCUUUUUUUCUUGAAAAUAAAAUUGGUGAUAUUUCUGGGUUAGUCAAAUAGCUUGUCAUUCUGGAAAAAGAAACAAACUAGCUAAAAUAUAGGAACCCUGCUAACUAACUGCUACUGCUAAACAGGGUCAUACAAAUACACAGCCUUCCUUUCAAAAUGUUACCUAUUUAGCAGCACCUCUUACUGUUUUCUUAAUGUGCAGUUUCCAUGUCUUAGAAAGCAAAACUUGGUUUAUUUGACAUUCAUUGAAGAGGUAGUAACUCUAUAUCAUAUUGUCUAUAAAUAGAAACUUGGUUAUCUAUGUACUGUCAUGUUUCUAUGAUUCAAGCAGUGGUUAGUCUUAAUUAUACACUGAAUCCAGAUUUUGGUACUUGGAUAGUGCAAAAAAUACCAUUUUAAAGAAACUUAAUUUUUUUUUCUUUUUUUCUUUGGGGUUUUUUUCUGUUGUUGUUGAAUGCAUGGAAUGGUUUCAUAAAUCCAAUAUGUUGUUUUUUUCUAAAUACUCUGGAAUUAUUUGUAUGUGUAAUUUAAACUUGUGAUGAUGUGUAAUUGGAUAGUCAUGGCAUAUUUUUAUUUCUUUUGUGGGGCGGGAAAGGUGUACAGAAUUCAUAUGUGCUUGUUACAAAGGUAACUGCAUUGGUUUGGAGGGGGGGUGAAAACUAUUUCUGAUGCCCUUUUAGAAGUCUAAAGAAAAAAGUGCAAGUGAAGAGCACUACUUUAAUAUUUACUAAGAAAGAAUGUACAUAUUAAAAGCAUUUCAAAAUUUAUAGAACUAUUGCUAGUACUGUUGUGUUGUAACUGAAUUGUCUCUCACUUGAAACUGCCCUGUUAAUAGUUCCUAGCCAUGGGAUUUUCCUGUGAAUAAGGCUUCUGAAAAGUGCAGACAUCAGAGUACAUGGUUUAAGCAGACUUUCAUCUAUUAGUUGUUGUGCCUUUAACUCAACUAGGUUGCCAGUCGAGAUUUCAGCUGUUAAAAAUUGCAGGUCUCUCGCAGACACUUGUACCUGUGAAUCUCUUUGUGGUGACCACUUGAGUAAAAACAAGCAGUUCUGGUUUUUCAGGCCUGUACUAAAAGAUUUCUUCAUUGUUCUGCUGUAAGUGGAAGGAGAGAAAUCCUGAAAAUUCUAAUUGCUUCUUAAAAUACUCUGCUAAAAAUAUUUUGCUGUUAAAAUUGUGAGUGAAUUACUUCAUUUAAGAACAAAGAACAUCACCCAAAUGAAUUUGUGGGGGAAGGAGCAGGAAGGGCAGUGUGACUGAUAGUUCUUAACUUGAAAAUAAUGUGGCACACAGUGGAUUUUGCUCACUGCAGGACUAACAGAACUGCUGUUAGUUUGGAUGCGUGGUGGGAGCAAGGUGGGAUGAUUCCUGUUUCUUCAUGGGUGGGGGCUGGGAAUUACUGUUGCCUGUGUUCUGUAUCAUGUUAUUAAUGAUUCGUGGGUUCCUGUUGAAACUUGGUUGAAUUACUCAAUUCUGUUUCAUCAUGGGUCCCUUCAGUUGAGGAAAUUAUUGAACUUCUGCUCUUUUAAUUUCUGGCUAUUUGUACCAAGCUGAAGGUUUCUUGUUCAUUGAAAAUUGGUUUUGUCUUUCUU